GGCUGAACAACAGGCAGCAGGAUAUUCCCGGACCAGGACCUGGAACCGAGUAUCCACACUCACAGUGAAUGCAGCCACAUGGAACCAGCCAUAGUGACAGAGCCUGGUGAUGUUGCACAGCUUCCGAGUUGACUGGUCAGAAGAGACUGGCACUGAGGAAAUGAACAUGGCUGUACCGUGUGCCAUGAAAGAAAAGGAAAUGUGCUGUCAAGGCGCAGAGAUGCCGAAAGUAAAGAAGUCAAAGGGAGAGAAAGCCGUCGGAGCAGCAGUGGGUCUGGCUGACCAGAUCCUACAGACGGAUACGAUUCGAGCUCGAGGCCGGGUGAAGAUCAGGGACAGCCGGGCAGAAAAAGAAGAUGAGUACGUGGACGAACGUCUAUCGAGGAAGAUCUUGCAGCAGGCUCGAAUACAACAAGAGGAACUUCAGACUGAACAUGGUCAGGGCCCAGAAAAGAAGAAGAUUCCAACUACGGUUCUCGGAUCCAGCUCUCAGGAUGCAGAUUCAGAUGAGGAGUGGCCAGACCUGGGAACAGCAGGUGCUGCUGACAUGGAUGCUGAGUGUGACCACGAGGUCGUUGUUGAUCCCAGUGAUGAAAAGGCCAUUGAGAUGUUCAUGAAUAAGAACCCACCAGUGAGACGAACCUUGGCUGAUAUUAUCAUGGAGAAGAUCACAGAGAAGCAGACGGAGGUGGGAACGCUGAUGUCAGAGGUGUCGGGCUGUCCGAUGCCCCAGUUGGACCCAAGGGUAAUUGAGGUUUACAGAGGUGUCAGUAAGGUUCUGUCAAAGUACCGCAGUGGUAAAUUACCAAAGGCCUUUAAAAUAAUCCCAGCUCUUUCAAACUGGGAGCAGGUUUUAUAUUUAACUGAGCCUGAGACCUGGUCUGCUGCUGCCAUGUACCAAGCCACGAGAAUCUUCUCCUCUAAUCUCAAAGAACGCAUGGCCCAGAGGUUUUACAACCUGGUGUUGUUACCCAGAGUCCGGGACGAUAUAGUGGAAUACAAGCGGCUCAACUUUCAUCUGUACAGUGCCCUGAAGAAAGCUUUGUUCAAGCCUGGGGCGUGGUUUAAAGGUAUCCUAAUUCCUCUGUGUGAAUCUGGGACGUGUACUCUCAGGGAAGCCAUCAUCAUUGGGAGCAUUCUCACAAAGUGUUCUAUCCCAGUGCUCCACUCAAGCGCUGCUAUGCUUAAAUUGGCUGAAAUGGAGUAUAACGGUGCCAACAGCAUCUUCCUGCGUCUCCUGCUUGACAAGAAAUAUGCCCUGCCUUUCCGUGUCCUGGACGCCUUGGUGGCUCACUUCCUUUCCUUCCGUAAUGAAAAGCGUGUACUUCCUGUUCUGUGGCAUCAGAGUUUACUCACCCUGGCCCAGCGCUACAAAGCUGACCUGGCCUCGGAGCAGAAAGAGGCAGUGCUGGAGCUGCUAAAGAUACAGUCACACCCACAGAUCUCUGCAGAAAUUCGCAGAGAACUGCAAAACUCAGAGGCCAGGGAUGUUGAGAUCGGCCUUCCUGUCACAGUGGAAAUGGACUGAUGUUUCACUUUUGGUGUGGUGCAUCCUGCUGCAAAUGAGGAGAUGGAUUUGUGAAUCCUGUCUUCAUUAUUCUCUGUUCAGUAAGAAUAACAGGAGUGACUCAUUACAUUGUCUUUCACAGAGUUUCAGUUCAACUCUGUUGACCUCCUUGGAUGAGAACCAACAUUUAAUGAGUAUAAGUAAAGAUAAUGUAUUUUCACAUUAUGAUUCUCCCAUGGCCUGACAACUGCCCUAUGACACGGACAUUAAUGUAUAAAGUACAUUUGAAUUAAAAAAAACAAACAAUUCUUUGAAA